AUGGCGACGCCGGCCGUGGGCGCCGCGUGCCUCCUCCUCGCGCGGGCCGCCGGGGCCCCGGGGCCCAGGCGGGGCGGCGGCGGCGGCGACCAGGCGCGCCCGCGGCGGCAACAGCGGGCGGUGCGCCGGCGCUGCGUCGCGGAGCUCAGCAGGGAGGGCCCCGCGCCGCGACCGAUGCCGCAGCUGGCGCCCCCGCUCGUGCCCGGCUUCCUCGCUCCGCCGCGGGAGCCCGCGCCCGAGCGGGAGCCGGCGUCGACGCCGCCGCCCGUGCCCGACGACGGCCUGGGGGACCUCGACCUCGGCCUCGAGCUGGAACAGAUUGCUGAAAAUUCCAUCAACAACACAGUAGUUGUGGCAAGUGAGCAAGACUCUAAGAUCAUGGUUGGAAAGGAGCAAGAAUCUGAGAUCAUGGUUGGGAAGGAGCAAGCUCGUGCUAAAGUAACACAUAGCAUUGUCUUUGUAACGGGUGAAGCUUCUCCUUAUGCAAAGUCAGGGGGUCUAGGAGAUGUGUGUGGUUCACUACCAGUUGCUCUUGCUGCUCGUGGUCAUCGUGUGAUGGUUGUAAUGCCAAGAUAUUUAAAUGGUACCUCUGACAAAAAUUAUGCAAAUGCAUUUUACACCGAGAAGCACAUUAGGGUUCCAUGCUUUGGCGGUGAUCAUGAAGUAACCUUUUUCCAUGAGUAUAGAGAUUCUGUUGAUUGGGUGUUUGUUGACCAUCCCUCGUAUCACAGACCUGGAAAUCUAUAUGGAGAUAAGUUUGGUGCUUAUGGUGAUAAUCAGUUCAGAUACACACUCCUUUGCUAUGCUGCUUGUGAGGCUCCUUUGGUCCUUGAAUUGGGAGGGUAUAUUUACGGACAGAAUUGCAUGUUUGUUGUGAACGAUUGGCAUGCCAGCCUUGUGCCAGUCCUUCUUGCUGCAAAAUAUAGGCCAUUUGGUGUUUAUAAAGACUCCCGCAGCAUUCUAGUAAUACAUAAUUUAGCACAUCAGGGUGUGGAGCCUGCAAGCACAUAUCCUGACCUGGGGUUGCCACCUGAAUGGUAUGGAGCUCUGGAGUGGGUAUUCCCUGAAUGGGCAAGGAGGCAUGCCCUUGACAAGGGUGAGGCGGUUAAUUUUUUGAAAGGUGCAGUUGUGACAGCAGAUCGAAUUGUGACCGUCAGUAAGGGUUAUUCAUGGGAGGUCACAACUGCUGAAGGUGGACAAGGCCUUGAUGAGCUGUUAAGUUCCAGGAAGAGUGUGUUAAACGGAAUUGUAAAUGGAAUUGACAUUAAUGAUUGGAACCCUGCCACGGACGAACAUAUCCCUUGUCAUUAUUCUGCUGAUGAUCUAUCUGGAAAGGCCAAAUGUAAAGCUGCAUUGCAGAAGGAGCUGGGUUUACCUAUAAGGCCUGAUGUUCCUCUGAUUGGCUUCAUUGGAAGAUUGGAUUAUCAGAAAGGAAUUGAUCUCAUUAAACUUAUCAUGCCAACCCUCAUGCGGGAAGACAUUCAAUUUGUGAUGCUUGGAUCUGGUGACCCAGAGCUUGAAGACUGGAUGAGAUCUACAGAGUCGAACUUCAGGGAUAAAUUUCGUGGAUGGGUUGGAUUUAGUGUUCCGGUUUCCCACCGAAUAACUGCAGGCUGCGAUAUAUUGUUAAUGCCAUCCAGGUUCGAACCUUGUGGUCUCAAUCAGCUAUAUGCUAUGCAGUAUGGUACAGUUCCUGUUGUCCAUGCAACUGGGGGGCUUAGAGAUACAGUGGAGAACUUCAACCCUUUUGGUGAUAACGGAGAGCAGGGUACAGGGUGGGCGUUCGCACCCCUAACAACGGAAAACAUGCUGUGGACAUUGCGAACUGCGAUUUCUACAUAUAGAGAACACAAAUCUUCCUGGGAGGGACUCAUGAAGCGGGGCAUGUCAAAAGACUUCACAUGGGACCAUGCCGCGGAGCAAUAUGAACAAAUCUUCCAGUGGGCCUUCAUCGAUCAACCUUAUGUCCGAUAAAAGAGGGAAGCACAAGUAGCGUCUCGUUGAAUAUCCUCAGUUCUUCAUCCUUCCAUGAGCAGAAGGAUGAGUGAAAAACCCUGUACAUACAUGGAACUAUGGAAGCAGACCGGCUAUACACCCUCCACUGUUCAGGUCAGCCUUACGGCCCCUGCUGCUGUGGCUGGUUUGUCUCAAAAGGACGUGAUGCAGUGCCAACUCCAGAUGAAUGACAGUUUUGAAGAAUAAGGAGGAUGCUGGAAGCGGUCCUGCGCAGGCAGCCUCCCGAUGGUACAUAUGAAAUCAACUGGAUUCUGUUUCUGUUACACCACUCGCUGUUUUCUUAAGAUUGUUGCUCAUGACAUGUUGUCCUUUGCAUGUAAGGGUUCAUAGCUUUUGACCCUUUAGAGAACCAUACCUCGUUUUUCUUGAUGAACUACCUGACGAAAGAGCCCUCUUGUGCGCGCUC